CCAUCAUGACAUAAUCAUAUAACAUGUCUCCUUAAUGUGAGGCUGGAUGUAUGACUGAUUGAGGUUGAAUGGGCGGGGAAGGUAUCAUGCGCGAUGAACCCUCCCUGAGGAUUUGUCUUACUUUCCAACGGAGAUACUGGAGCUCUCGGAUACACCUCACCAAUGCGGAUGGCUCAUCCGGCUUAUCACCACAGAUCAUGGAGAGGAGAUACAAUUCGAUGGAGCACUUUUAUCAGGUGCACAAAUACUCCCCGGUACAGUCGGCCUCAGCCCACUUUGGGAAGAAGAUAACAAUUAUUUCGCCUCGUUGAGACUGGACGCUCCAAUCCUAGACGACCGAAAUCCGAAAUGGCCUCUUGAGGAUUUCGUUGGUCAGUCGCUGGGUCUUGGGAAACCUACCGAGAGAACCCACAAGCGCUCGGAGCUGCGAUUUGUGAUGGGCCCACCAAUGCAUUGAAGGAACCAAAUGCUCCACCUGCCACCCAAUCGUGAAACUUGGGAGAGCUAGUCGCCACUGCGGAUUCUUCUCACAAUUUUCAUACAUCUCGAAGGUCUGCGCACUUUUAGAUGCAUCUGGGGUCUUCGUUUAUGUUUGGUAUUCCGGUCGCUGAUAUGCUUGGACUCGCUUUUCAUUGAAUAUGCUUGGAAUUGUUAUCGCUCCGGCUCCUUACAUCGCUCACUUCCCCGCAAACCCUUAAGAUGGCUUCAAAUCGAGCUCCCGAAGUUUAUGCUGUCGCGGCUGUUUUCCUGGCGCUGACAUGGAUGACGGCACUGCUGAGAUGUUAUGUGCGAGGAGUUGUCGCCAAGAAAUUUGGUCUUGAAGAUUGGCUGGCUAUCUUUUCUUUGGUUAGUCGACAGGUGUGUGUUGUCGGAAGUGGAUGUUAAUGUAAAACAGAUUCUGUUCACCAUGACAGCAGUUUUUGCGUUGCAAGGCAUAUCAAACUCUAUGGGGAUGCAUCUUAUCGACAUCAUGACGGUCAGCCCUCAGAAUCUAACUCCUGCGAUGAUGUACUGGUUUUCGACCGAAUUGGCUUAUGUUCUUACGACUUGCAUUCUUAAGAUGAGCAUCGCGGUAUUCCUCCUGCGCAUCGCAGUGAAGAAAUCACAUCGCAUCAUCCUCUAUGUGACAACAGCAGGAGUGAUAAUCUUCAGCAUUGGAUAUUUCCUAUUUCUGGUCUUCCAGUGCUCGCCAGUGGAUUAUUUUUGGAAUCAAUUCAGUUUAAAGCCAGGGUCUUGCCUCUCACCGGAGCUGGUUGGGGCAAUGACAUAUGCACACUCAGGGUUGAAUGCGCUCGCAGACAUCAUUCUCGCAGCACUUCCCGUCGUCAUUGUUUCUCAGCUGCAAAUGAAUCCUCGAACGAAACUUACAGUGUCAAUAAUUCUCUCAAUGGGAAUUGUUGCUUGUAUAGCAGUCGUCAUUCGCAUCCCGUAUAUCAAAAUACUUGUUGACAACGCCGAUGAUUUCCUCUUCUCGUCAACAGACGUCGUCAUCUGGUCGGCUAUCGAGCCUGGUCUGGCGAUCACAGCAGCAAAUUUGGCGACUCUCCGGCCACUAUUCAGCGCUUGCCUAUCACGUAAGAAACUAUGGGGGACAACUACUGCCCACGGCACAUACGGACACUCGAAGAAUAUUUCUGCAUUUUCUAGUCGCAAGGGCUAUGUCCGCAGUGGAAGUAGAGGCAACAUUGAAGAUAUGAAUCUGAGCAACUUGAGCAAAAGUGGACAUGAAGUUACCAUCGAGGCGCUAAACGGUACGCAUGGCAGUGGACACACGAGAUCAAAACUGGAAUCCAGGAUCAGUGAGGAAAGAUUACAGAAGGCGCCAAGCUGGGACAUCGAACGACAGUCUCAAGGACCUCUGGAGGAGUGGCCAGGUUCGCCGCAGGAGAUACGUAAGACGGUGCGAACGGAAGUCUACAGUGAAGUGCACCCACCACUUCCCACAUCACAACAGGAACUAUUCCAGAGCCAACUUGGCCCGAAGACAGAUGGAAGGAGAGAUGUAUGGCCUGAAAUAGGGAUUGCAUUGAGCCAGAGCAGGAGAAAGUCUCACCAGUCCCUCAAAGGACCCACGGCUCACCAUUGGAUAUGAUGUGAUAUGGGUGCAUGAUUUGAUGUGUAUGAGAAGAGAGCAGAUAACCUGCUUGAUAAUGCCUUUAUGUAUAUACUUUGGGAUGGAUAUGAUACCUAGACAGGUCGGGAGUUCCCUUUGGUACAGGUGUAAAUAAGUUUCAUAUCAUGAUAAAGGUAGCGAGCAAUCGAGGGG